GCGUGCCAGAAGCGUGAUCCUCUUCCAGGGGCCGCAGCUGCGUGCAGGACGCGGACAGGCGAUGUUUCUUGUCAGCGCGGUGGAGGCGGGGCAGGACACUCUGGCGGAAAAGAUCCUGCCUUGGCUUCACCUGGGGGAAGCGAGGAAGCCAAUGGCACGGCACCGCUGCAACGCCGCCAACCAAUGGGAGCGCGCGUUGGGGAGCGGGCCCGGGCGGAUCCUGGCAUGUCAAAGACGACGCGAAGCGAAGGGUGUGCGUGUGAAAACGGAGCUGUCAACGUGUCACAGGUUGCCGUAGCAACAGCCUUGCCGUUUGCCCGACCGUGACUGCAUGUGUCAGGAAAAAGGAAGUACCACGACGGAACUAAAGAACACCCACUGCCAAACAGAAGCGGAACGACAGAAUGUGACAAUGAAGUCAUAGACGAGAAACGACCGUCCGCACCGAGGAAGCGUCUGAAGGACAAGAUGGAGUUGUGGCGCCAGUGUGCAAAAUGGCUGAUCGGGUGCCGCGUCUUGCCAGAGACGCACCGUGUCACGUGGGAGGGCGCCCAGGUGUGUGACCUCGCUCAGGCCCUGAGAGACGGCGUGCUGCUGUGCCAGCUUCUCAACAACCUGCUGCCUCUGGCCAUCAACCUGAGAGAAAUCAACCUGCGCCCGCAGAUGUCCCAGUUCCUGUGCCUGAAGAACAUUCGGACCUUCCUGGGUGUGUGUCAGAACAAGUUCCAGCUGAGGAAGAGCGAGCUGUUUGAGGCCUUUGACCUGUUCGACGUGCGCGACUUUGCCAAGGUGCUUAGCACUUUGUCCGUCUUGUCUCACUCACCCAUUGCUACACAAAGAGGAUUCCAACCUUUCCCGAUGGGAGUAGACAUUUCCGAUGACGACAUCUACAACGGCCUGUCGGACCACAUCGACGACACGGUCGAUGAAGCGGACGACUUGUACGACUGCGUGGAGGACGCCGAGGCGGAAGGGGAUGAGAUCUACGAAGACUUGAUGAGGACGGUCGAACAGCCCGCGAUCAAGCCCGGGGUGGACAAGCGAGAGUGCUGCCUCCAGGAGAUCAAGCAGACGGAAGAAAAGUACUCGGAUACUCUGGAAUCGAUUUUACUGCACUUCAAGAAGCCUCUGGAAAAAUUCCUCCAGGCUCAGGACCUCGAGAGCAUCUUUGUCAACAUACAGGAUUUGUCCAGCGUACAUCGAGAACUUUCGGACGAGAUCCGGAGUUCCGUCGCCAACGGGGCCAAGAACCUCCACCGGGUGUUUGUCAACUACAAGGAGAGGCUCCUGCUCUACGGCCACUACUGCAGUCAGGUGGAGACGGCCACCAAGCAUCUGGACAAACUGUCUGGUAGCAGAGAGGACCUCAGGAUGAAGCUGGAGGUGUGUUCCAUGAGAGCAAACAGCGGCAAAUUCUCCCUCAGGGAUCUUCUUAUGGUGCCCAUGCAGAGGGUCCUCAAAUACCCUCUGCUCUUGCAGGAGCUGGUCAAACACACCAGCGACCCGUCAGACAAGGAGAACCUGCGCACGGCUCUUGACGCCAUGCGAGACCUGGCGCAAUGUGUCAACGAGGUGAAGCGAGACAACGAGAUCCUCAAGCAGAUCACCACCUUCCAGUUGUCCAUCGAGAACAUGUCACAGUCGUUGGCCCUCUUUGGCCGCCCCAAAAUGGACGGAGAGCUCAAAAUCUGCAGCACAGAGAAGAAGUCCAAACAGGAAAGAUACGCGUUCCUCUUCGACAAGGCCAUGUUUGUGUGCAAGAAGAAGAGCGGCGAGACGUUUGAGCUCAGGGAGAUCAUCGCGCUCCAGCAAUACCAAGUGCGAGACGAGACGGGGGGCGAGAAGGACAAAAAGAAGUGGUCCUACCUGUUCCUCUUGCUGGACUCCAACGGGAAGUGCGGCUACGACUUGUACUUCAAAACACGAGAACUGAAGAAGAAAUGGCUGGAGCAGUUUGAGAUGGCUCAAUCCAACAUGUGUCCCGAGAACGCCGUGGCAAACAACCACGAUUUCCAGAUGCACAACUUUGAGGAGACGGCGUGUUGCAAGGCCUGCUCCAUGCUGCUGAGAGGGAUCUUCUUCCAGGGCUACCGCUGCUCGCGCUGCAAAACGGCCGCCCAUAAAGAGUGCUUGGGCAGAUUGCCGCCUUGCGGGCGCCGCUCAGACCAUUCAACCACUGCGAGAAAAAAUAGGUCCAAAGGGAGCGCCGGCAUCGGAUUGCCCAAGAUGGAGGCGAGUCAGGAGUACUUCGGCCUGCCGCCGCCACCCGUCGGCUUUGGCUGCCCGCUGCUCCUCUCCAAGGGCGACGUGGUGGAGCUGAUGCGGGCGGAGGUGGAGCUGUCGUGGUGGGAGGGCAGAAACUUGAACGGAGGUCAGACGGGCUGGUUCCCCUGCGGCAGAGUUGUGCCCUUCUCGUGUAGGCCCACACCGGACCUGUCUGCUUUCAGCUGGUUUGCGGGCAACAUGGACCGGCCCGCCUCCAAGGAGCUUCUCGUGUCGCGCUCCGACGGAACCUACCUGGUCCGGCAGAAGGACGGCGGAGAGUUCGCCAUCAGCAUCAAGUUCAACAUGGACAUCAAACACAUUAAAAUCACCUCCUGUGACGGCCUGUUCCGCAUCAACGAGAAGAAGGCCUUCAAGGGUUUGGUGGAGAUGAUCGAGUUCUACCAGCAGACCUCCCUGAAGGAGUGCAUCAAGGACGUGGACACCACGCUGCGCACGCCCUACAAGCAAGCCGAGCAGAGUAAUGACCACAAGCCCCGCGACGCCGUCAAAGCAGGAGGGGGCGGGCGCACUUUCGGCAUAGCGAGAGCCAGGUACGACUUCUCGGCCCGCGACCGCUCGGAGCUGUCGCUGCGCGAGGGAGACACCAUCAGGAUCCUGUCCAGGAAAGGCCAAAGCGGCUGGUGGAAAGGAGAAGUCUACGGCAAGGUGGGCUUCUUCCCCGCCAACUACGUGGACGAGGACUUCUCGGACUACAGUUGACCUGCCCGCUCCGUCACGCCAUUGAGACGGGUGUGCGUGUUUAUAUUCUAGGGGAGCUAAGUCACUAAUUUUUCUUGCCAUUCUCCAAAAUAAUCUCUAUUUUAUUGAUAACGUGGACUUUAAGGAUUCCAUGAGACUAUUAUGUGGUCAAUGUUGUGUUAUUUCAAGGCCAAACUUUUAUUCAUGAAGCAAAGACUCACUUUGCACAACGGUGGGUAAAUAACCACUUUAUUUCCAAAAUAUAUUUAAAAAACAAAAAUCACAA